AUGUCUUCACUAUCCACAUCCCCAGUAACUACUACCAAUACUACAACAACAAAUAAUAAUACCACCACUACUACUUCCACUUCCACUACAGAAACUGCUUCGGGGAUCCAGCGUCAUCAGUUGUUUCACCAUCUACAACCUCUUUUCUCAAACCAUUUAAAUCCUUUCCACAAAUCCGCUGAGAAUAAGAAUCCAGGGGUUCCUUUGCCUCGGGGGACAACCAAACAACAGCCUCCUUGUUAUGCAGACAUCCAUGUGGAUACCAUGAAAGAUAAUAAUAUCCAACAAUUGUCACAAAAUCCUAUCGACUCGACGAAAAAUGCCAACGGUGUCAAAACUCGAGAAUCAAGUUCUUGUUCUCCUUUUUCGUCUCCAAAUGACAAUAUCCUCGACUAUGAUCAUCAUCAGCACCAGCAGCAUCAAGUAGAUACUCAACACACUACUCCUUCAAUACCGGGAUUGCAUGUUUCUACUUUUGAACAACAACAACAACAAGAACAAGAACAAACUAGUAAUGACGAUAAUAACAACAAUAACGGUAAUGCCCGACUAAAAAGCCCAAUUUUGGAACAGCUGCAGCAGAGACUUGACAGAUAUGGCGGCGUUAGUUCUAAUAAUGGGUUUAUAUCUCCCGUAUUUUUUCAUUCAGCAGAAAGGUCACGGUCUCAGUCAAAUACCAACUUGUACUCCAAACCUCCUACUUCAAAGUCAGGUUAUUCGCCUCCUGUAAAGGAAACAACUCGUGUUUUAUUAGAAUAUGACCCUAUAACUCGAAGGAAAGUUUUAAACACAUACGAAAUACUAAAGGAAAUUGGAAGAGGAGAACAUGGGAAAGUCAAAUUAGCAAAGGAUUUGAUAAAUAAUGAACUAGUGGCCAUCAAAAUCAUCAAUCGAAAGUCUAAAAGGGAAAGACCUGCACUUCGGAUGCGCAAAGAUUCAAAAACACCUCUUAUCAAUGAAUACGAAAGGAAAAUAAAACGUGAAAUUGCAAUAAUGAAGAAAUGCAAACAUAAGCAUAUCGUGUCCUUGAGAGAAGUACUUGAUGAUGCAACUUCUCUCAAGAUAUACUUGGUUUUGGAGUAUAUGGGAAAGGGAGAAAUCAAAUGGAAAAAACUACAAUCAGAUUUGUUGAGCAAGGGAAAGACUUAUUCCUUCGAUGAUAAUAUUACUUCUUCUACUACUACUACGAAUAGCAACAGUAAUAGUAAUGGUGAUAAUAAUAGUGAAGAAGAUAUACCUUGUUGCGGAAGUGGUGGAGGUCCUCGCCAGCCACAUCAUCGCUUGUCCUCCAAUAACGAUGAGGAUUUGCUAUCAAAUGAAUUUUCGCCUAACCUAACGUUUAGGCAAUCGAGAAAAAUCUUUAGAGAUGUCUUACUCGGUUUGGAGUACCUCCAUAUGCAAGGGGUAGUCCACCGCGAUAUCAAACCGGCAAAUUUAUUAGUUUCUUCUGAUAAUGUGGUGAAAAUCAGUGACUUUGGAGUUUCUUUUGCUUCAUCACUCAGUGAGUGCGAAGAAGGUCAUUUAGUCAACGAGUUGGAUUUAGCCAAAACCGCAGGCACGCCAGCUUUUUUCGCGCCCGAAUUGUGUCAACUAGACACUGGUGAAAGUGGAGGCGAAGGUGAUGGUGAGAGUAACGAUGACCGGGUCCCAAAAUCACCCAAAAUUGAUAAAAGAAUAGAUAUUUGGGCUUUAGGUGUAACGUUGUAUUGUCUUUUAUUCGGUAAGGUCCCGUUUAAUGCUGAUACUGAGUAUGAAUUAUUCAGUGUAAUUGUUAAUAAACCAUUGGAAUUUCCCAAAAGUAUCAGUGAAUUUAAUUCACCUAGUUCAGUCCAUGAAGAAGAAUUUGAACUAGCAAAAGAUUUAGUGAGCAAAAUGUUGCGCAAAAACAGUCAAGAAAGAAUUACAAUCAAGGAGAUUAAGGAGCAUCCAUUUACAUUGAUGGACUUGGACGAUGACAUGGAAUCACUAUAUGAUUUGUUUAAUCUCAAUAGUACAAAUGGUUAUGAAACACCACUUGAUUUCAAUUUAGAGGAUCACGAUAUAGUCUCCAAAAACGAAAUAGAUAAUGCCGUAAUUGGAGUUGGUACUAGAAUCAAACGCAACUUAGUUAAAGCUAUCAAAGCAGGCGGAUUAAAAGAUUCUGAAAUCAAAAGUAAGUUUCAUGCGAUGCAGCUCGAGCUUUCGAAAAGUGAAUCAAGCGACGAGUCUUCAAGUAGUUAUUCAAACUUUAACUCGGCUAUUAAACUUAACCGAUUACAAAAUAAUUACUCGGUGAUUUUGUCAGAACAACCAAUCACAGCUUCAGCUUCGCCAUUGCCAUUACCAUUACCAUUACUGUUACCAGUAGUUAAUGAUUCCUCAACUACUACAUUAACCAAGAAUAUUCCCGAGUUGCAUAACCACACUCCUCAUAUACCUUCGCAGCUUUCACACCAAGUGUCUACCAAUUCCAGUUCUUCAAUUUCAUAUCAAAAUCCAUAUUCACUCACUGUACCAAGAGAAGGUGGGAAAAGUAUACUACAUGAGAUGAUUGAUUCGCAAAAUGCUACCAGCACUAGCAGAAGAGGCAGCGCUGGUGGAGUUGAAGCCCCGCAAAUAGAGACAAAACGAAAUGUUGGAGGAAACUUGUACCUCAAAAAUCAAUCUGUACUUGAAACUUUCAAAGGGAUCCAACAAGAAGAUGACAAGAGAAGAAGAUCAAGUUUGUUUUCGGUGCACCUCAACUCUUCAAAUAAGAGUUCUACCUCAAACGAGGUAAGUUCAACCAAUGCGGCGACUACAUCAAAGAGUAUUUUUCAAUCUCAAGAUCAUGUUAAAACACAGUCGCAAGUUCCACCUUUUCAAAAGGAAAGUCAAACAAUUGUUACUCCAAUUCCAGUUCCUGCUGUUAAACCCAACUUUGAGCUUAUUCAAUAUCAGAUGGGGAGAUCUGAUGGUCAAUCAGAUGAGCAGCUUUCGCCAACUGGUAACGCUGGUAACAAUAGAAACGAGCCAUUCUUGAAUACAACAGUAGCCAAACAUCUUGAUCUUGAUGACCAUUUGGACACUUCGUUCAUGUCAUUGCCACUCACAGGAAGCUUUGCCUCACUAGAUAGCAUCAACGAUGACUAUCUAAACAUGAAGUAUAAAGAGUACGAAAACAUGAUUGCUAAUGGAGGAACGGAUUCGGUCUUUGCCAAGCAGAUGUUAAGAAGAAAACCUAGUUUUUCCGAAGCUGAUUUGGGAAAGUGUUUUCCGACAAACGAUAUCAAUGACAGAUUCCGAGCUUUCAAUUUGGGUGAGCAAAUGAGUAGCACCUACAAUAAGGCAAAAAGUAGUAAAAGAGAAGGAGGAGGAGGAGGUACUAACAACGAUGAAGAGGAGGCGGAGAAUGGUAUUGCACCGGAAAUAGGUAAUGCCAAGUUUUUCUCUCAAAAUUCAAGCUGUGAAUCCUACUCCUCGCACACGACAGAUAAUGCAUCAUCAUCGUCAUCGCCAUCUUUUUCAAACAAAAAGUCAGGGAAUAUUAUUGAUGAUGAAGAAGAAGAUGAGGAAUCGGAUGAAGAAGAUUUAACACUUGCAUUCCGUUCAAAGAUUGCACCUGCAAAUAGACCACCAUUUUUAUCGCAUGCCACUAGAGCGAAAUCGCAUGAUUCUCAUUUGCCAUACUUGGCUGGCUCCACGCAAAGGGUUGAUGAUGUUGCUCCUGUAAUUUUCCAUGCUGGAUCACCGGAGUUUGAAGAUGUUCCACUGGCUUUAAUUGGUGCCACUCUUGUGGCGAAUAAUCUGAGACUGUCGCAAGUCAUUAAUAGUGGACUCGCGGAAGUGAGUCCCCAUUCGGGGGUGCAGAAAUCUGUGGUUGAAAAAAACGUAUCCUCCAUACCGUCAGUAUCACUACCACCACCUUUAGCAAGAGCAGUCUUAUCACCAUCACUCCCUGUUGCUGCUGCUGCUGCUGCUUCUGCCGCUUCUCUUUCAAUUAAGCCUGCAUCCAUUGAAAACCUAAAAGAAAGUAACAAAAAGAGUAUUGAAGCGCGUCAGAAUAAUCUAAAGCAGCAGCAAUCCAAUUUGCAUAAACAAUUGUUUCGACAACACAUUUAUAACUACCAAUUCAACAACCAUUAUAACAAGGCACCAAUCUUUCUGCAUUUUCCUAAUGCUACGAAACAUCUAGACAAUGACCAUCAAGUCAUUGUUGAAACUUCAGCAAGGAAAUUUCAAGAGAAUCGACCAUCUUAUUAUAGAUCAAACUCGGUUGCAGUGGGUGUUUUGCAACACACUCCUGAUGAGAUGGUUAAGGAUAUGAUUGAGGAACGAAGGGAGAGUAAUAAUGGAUGCGAUGAAACAAGUAAAAAAAAGGAGCAAUAA